CAAACGAAGAAAUGAAACGAUCUUAAGAAGAGACAGAAGAAAAGAAAGAGAAAUCAACGCUCUUAUAUAGCUCUGUCUCGCAAACAAUAAAAGAUGAUCUCUUUAAUAAUAUUAUUAAAGUUAAAAAAAUAGUUUCAAUCAAGUGUUUUAAAAAAUAAUCGAAAAAUAGAUCAAUAGUAAAUACUGAUCUUAAGAUGGAAUUUGCACCACCAAAUGCAGAGAAGGAAGUAAAACACCAGGAAGAUGACUUGAGAUGGCACCAGUUCUUCGGGCGCCUGAGAACCUGCUGUAGAGUGCAAAAAGGGGCGAGAAGCAGCAGCAGCAGAACGGAAGAAGUAGCAGCAACAGCAGAGACAGCAGAAAGAGAAGAAAGAGAAGAAAAGGAAGGAACACUUUAACAGCCUCCCUCAAAGCUCAGAAAAGCUCAGAAUCAAAAAAGUCUUCUCUCAGUUCGAACAAUGCUCCCUGAAGUUUCUUUUGUUCCGGCGAAGCUUUUCGGCAGAGAAACUGCUCUUUUCGC